AUGAAGAACAAACACCGAAAUUUGGACGUGAUCCACCACGGUUUGGUCCUUAUUUCCGACGGAAAAGGGCGAGGAAGACCGUCUAGGCUAUUGCUGACGAAAGAUCAAAUAUCGAUUCAAAUCCCGGCUGACCUCGUGGUCGACGAGCCGUCAGUAGCUCCAGAAGAGACGGCCACCCGACAAGUUGUUAUCAAGAAGCGGAAGGAUGUGCCAGGCUUGGGGUUGAGCAUUCGGGGAGGCGAUCAGAACAGCAGCUUCCCGAUCGUGAUUUCGAAAAUUUUCCCGGAUAUGCCAGCCGAAGAAACCAAACAGCUCUUCGUCGGUGACGCUAUCGUCGAAGUAAACGGUGUUGGAGUUGAUGGAAAAUCACAUGAUGAGGUGGUCGACAUGCUCAAAAGCGACGCCGACGAGGUCACCCUAGGCGUUCGCCACUACACCAGUAUCGCACCAUAUUUAAAGCCUGCCGUAUCCCUACAGCCCGGGAGAAGCGGCAGUGCUUUGGAUAAGUUAUACGAGCCGAAUACUUGGAAGUCAGCGAUGAAAGCCCACUCGGAUUUGGGGUUGUAUGAAAAGAAACCUGACGGCAAGACGACGCAUCACGCAUCAUUAGGAACCCUUGAUCGUGAUGACGGAAAGUGGCGUACUAUCUCUACGAUUCCACUACCAAUGGCUUACAUUACGAG